GCAGGUGACCGCUGCCGGGCAGCGUUGGGAAAGGCACUGGCAGCAGUUCGCUGUGGGUGGACCCGGCCCCCUUGCCACGCCUCCCGCCACCCCGCACAAGCUGUGGCUGCACCGGGCUGCGGUACAGGAUACUGUCGUCCACCACCCGCCUGGACUGGGGACCGAGGCCACGGAGACCCGCCGGAGAUGGCAGGAAAAGCUCACAGGCUGAGCGCGGAGGAGAGGGAGCAGCUGCUGCCAAACCUCAGAGCUGUGGGGUGGAAUGAGGUGGAAGGCAGAGACGCCAUCUUCAAAGAGUUCCACUUCAAGGACUUCAACCGGGCCUUUGGCUUCAUGACCAGAGUGGCUCUACAGGCAGAAAAACUGGAUCACCACCCCGAAUGGUUCAAUGUGUACAAUAAGGUUCACAUCACCUUGAGCACCCACGAGUGCGGAGGCUUAUCGGAGCGAGACAUCAACUUGGCCAGCUUCAUCGAGCAGGUUGCAGCUUCUCUCUCCUGA